AAACUACAUUGCCGAGAUUGUCUUGUCAUUUACUAGCAGGCAAAGAAUUUGGAGCUGUUUUAAAGGCUUACCCUGAGAUUUUUAUUUUUGGCAUUGUUGUUGUACGCGUGGAGAUUAGUGGGUCCCCUCUUCCUGUUUCACAUUUCAGUUUACAGGAACGAAAUGGAGAACUAUUACUACACACGUGGAAGUAGUAACAUUGGACGAAGCACGAGCAGUGAAGGAAGUCGACGACGGAUGAUGACGACUUCCACAAGUCCUUCUUAUCCUUCUCAUCAGUCAAUGGUGGAACGAGCUAAUGAAGUGGAGCAUCGUCGCCGCUAUCAUUCGACUACUGGAGUUCGAACUUCUUACAGCACUGGUAGACAGAGCCAGUACGAUUAUGGUUAUCCGAUGUAUGAUGAUGACACAUACAGCAGUCAGUAUGAUCAAUAUGAAGGUGGAAAAGACAACUAUGAGGAUUAUUACUAUUGCAUCCAAGGACCAACUGAUAAACUUGCAUGUGUGGCAUAUCUGGCUGAUUAUCUCAUGUAUCGCCUCAUCCUCAUGGGAGUCUUUCCUCACCUUUGGAGUGCUGGUCAUGCGCACACCGCCAAUGCUGUAUAUGUAUUUCAGAGUAGAGUACAAAGCUGUAUCCAGACUGUUGAAUCUAUGACUGACAGACUAGGUCUGAUGCCACGUGACAGCCAUUCUUAUGCUAUCUGGCUGGAGCAAAGGACAGAAUUAAAGAAAAUGGUUGAGAAGAACAAAUCUGGGAUUCCAUCACUUCUUCCUGAAAUUCAGCAUGCUUUAAUUCAAUUCACUCGGCUCCUUCUUGAAGAACUACAACAGACUGACAAACGAGAUGUUACAGCUGUUUAUCACAUGUGCUAUUUGGCAAUGCGUCUGAUAAUCUAUGCUAGUCUUUCAACAAUCCCAACUGAAGCAGAUGGCACUACCUUUUUACGAGUUGUUGAGGAGCUGCCACAAGAUCGUCUCACCACCUACUACAAGAAGAGAUUGGAAACAGUUAAACUUCUUGUUCUUCGUGCUAUGGAAACACCUACUAAUGAAGUAAAUGCAGUCACUUGUAUUGAUCACUUUGGAUUUUUGCUGAGUAGUUUAGGUGAUAACAUCAAAGCAGUGGACAACCCCAAACCUGGAUCGUUGGCAAAGACAAAAGUCACUACAACAAACAGAAGCACAGUGAAGGACACUGAUGUAUCUAGACUAAGUGUUAAAGGUCUCAAAGGACAAUAUGCUGUCAAACCAAUGUGGGUGACGUCACCAGAUGGAGGGCAGCCUCGCUUGAUCUAUGCUUUAGACACUGAUAAUCCAGUAGAAGAGACGUCUUGUAAAACUUCAGAGCCUUCUCAACAAUCUCACGCUCUCAGUGGUGCUGUCGCUGCUGCUGCUGUUCAGUCUGAUAAGAACUCUGGCAUUCCAUCAGCACACGAACUUGGCAUGACUGAAGAUGAGUUUGCGGCCCAUUUACAACAGCAGUUGAUGCUGGAAGACAUGCAUGUCCAGAAAGAGAUGGAACAUAACACGACAGGAAACUCACAGUCUACUCAAAGUGGGUUAUCAUCAUAUUGUAAUGACAGCAACCAGUCAGCUUACAUUGUAACUGUUGGGCCUGGAGAUGUCAGGGAUGUUCCCAGUAAACCCACUCUCGACAGAAUGAAGAAAAAACCUGUGAAGGAACCUACAAUGCCCAAAGACUUGGAGACGCUGGAGAGCCUAACACAAAUGGAAGAGUAUGUUGAAGAAAAGCGACAAGAUCAUGAAAAGAAGAGGCAGAACCUGGAGCGAAUUCUCAGUGAAAAGAAACAGCUUCAAACAGCUAUAACACAAAAUGAGAUUCCUGUGAUUAAGCAAGCCCUCGAAGCAGAGCUACGUGAUAAGGUCCAGUUUCUUUCACUACGCCAAGCUGAAACCGAAAUCGCAAAGGCAAAGUUUGAAGAGCUAGAUGCUUACAUAAAAAGCAAGAAACGAUUUACGGAACCUUUCCAAAUUGAAGAUUUGUCUGUUACAGCAACCUAUGAACUGCUUGAAAGAAAUUUGACACGUCUGCAAGGAAACCCAGUGAGGCUGCAUCUGAUGCUGGAAAGACAGCUUGACAUUUUGGAUACAGAAACAUUAGCAGAGUUAUCACAACAACUCAAAGUUAAGGCUUCAACUAGAGAAGGAUGCAUUGCAGAGAUUAAACAACGGCAUGAAGAUGCACUAGAAGAAGCGGACGACAAAUUGCUGUAUUGAACUUUUGAGAUGUGUACUUGUAACUUGUACUUGUGUUCUACUGACUUAAAUGCAGAUUGAUUAAACAAACAA